CACCAAUCCCUAAUCAAAACAAUCACUAUAAAACCUCUUCCUCCAUUCUCCACUUUUUCCCAUCCCCUUCUCCUCCCCCUCUGCAUGCACCAUGAAGAUCUUCAACCCCUCUAUGUGUUUCCUCCAGAAUGUUGUGUGUCCCUUCGACACCAUCUUCAUUAAAACAACCACCCCUUUGGAUCUGGGUCUCACUCUCACCCAAUUCCAAUUCCAUUUCAGAAGCUGCUAGAAAAAAUUUAGAACAACACCACUUGCACAUAAUUAGACAUUCUUUCACACAUUCAUCAUAAUCAUUACCCUCCCUCCCUCAACCCACCACCAGAAACAAAACAAUCAACAUGGAUCAACGACAACAAUCAAGGACGAUGAGAGCGGCCAAGAGGAACAUAUUGUUCAACAAGUACGAGAUUGGCAAGAUCCUAGGCCAAGGAAACUUCGCCAAGGUCUACCAUGGAAGAAACAUGGAGACAAACGAGAGCGUUGCCAUCAAGGUUAUCAAGAAGGAAAGGCUGAAGAAGGAGAGACUAGUCAAGCAAAUCAAGCGUGAAGUUUCCGUGAUGCGCCUCGUUCGCCACCCCCACAUCGUGGAGCUGAAGGAAGUCAUGGCCACCAAGACCAAGAUCUUCAUGGUGGUUGAAUACGUCAAGGGAGGUGAGCUCUUCGCGAAGCUCACCAAAGGGAAGAUGACGGAGGUCGCCGCUAGAAAAUACUUCCAGCAGCUAAUAAGCGCAGUCGAUUUCUGCCAUAGUCGCGGCGUCACGCACCGCGACUUGAAGCCGGAGAAUCUUCUCCUCGACGACAACGAGGAUCUGAAGGUCUCCGACUUCGGGUUAUCGUCGCUGCCCGAGCAGCGACGAUCCGACGGGAUGCUCCUCACCCCAUGCGGAACUCCGGCGUACGUCGCGCCGGAGGUCCUCAAGAAGAAAGGCUACGACGGAUCCAAAGCUGAUAUAUGGUCUUGUGGGGUGAUCCUCUACGCUCUGCUUUGCGGGUAUCUUCCAUUUCAGGGUGAGAAUGUGAUGAGGAUUUACAGCAAAUCGUUCAAAGCUGAUUAUGCGAUUCCGGAAUGGAUCUCGCCGGAGGCGAAGAAUUUGAUCUCGAAACUGCUGGUGGUUGAUCCGGAGAAGAGGUAUUCCAUUGAUGAGAUAAUGAGGGAUCCUUGGUUUGAGAUCGGGUUCAUGAGACCGCUUGCUUUUUCGAUGAAAGCGAGCGCGGUGGAUGAUACUGUGAUUGAUUUCAACGACGAUGUGGUUGAAGAUCUUGAUCCGAAGAGUGAUGUUGGUGGUGGUGAGUUUGUGGAGGCGGCGCGUCCGUCGUACAACGCGUUUGAGAUAAUCUCGUCGCUGUCGCACGGGUUUGAUCUGAGGAAUUUGUUUGAGACGAGGAAGAGGUCGCCGUCGACGUUUAUCUCGAAACUGUCGGCGUCGGCGGUGGUGGCGAAGCUUGAGGCGGUGGCGAAGAAGCUGAAUUUGAGGAUCACGGGGAAGAAGGAGUUUAUGGUGCGGAUGCAGGGGGUGACGGAGGGGAGGAAGGGGAAGGUGGGGAUGACGGUGGAGGUAUUUGAGGUGGCGCCGGAGGUGGCGGUGGUGGAGUUUUCGAAGAAUGCCGGAGACACGCUGGAGUAUAUAAAGCUGUGUGAGGAUCAAGUAAGGCCUUCGUUAAACGACAUCGUUUGGUCAUGGCAGGGACAGGGUAGUUCGUAGUAGGCUUAGUAUCAUGCUCUUCCUUCCUGCAAUGGCGAUUGAUUGAUUAAUUGUAUUUAAUUAAUCAUUAAACACAAAAAAGGAGAGGAAAAAAGUGUAUCCUUGUUUUGUUUGUUGUAUGUAUUAUUAAUCAUUAAUCAUUCAGAUUUAUAUUGCCA